UGGGUAAAAUCAAAGAUGGCGGACGAACUUGAUGUUGAUGACCUGAAAGCUUGGAUGUACGAAAAAGCUAAAUUGCAGUGCAGUCCCUUGGUAAAAGCCUUUCUAGAAUGUGCACAGGACCGUACCAUCUCUUUAGCUUGGACCUGUCGCCCAGAACACAAAGCCAUGAAACAGUGUAUGGAAGGAUUCUAUAGAAAAGCCAACUUUAAAAAAUACAAGGAAGAAUAUUUAAGAACAGUCAAGGGCAAGUAAAUGAAGAACAAGUUUUUGAGAAUUCUAGAUCACUGAUGAUCCUUCAAACUGAUGUGGAUCACAUUCUGUUCACAAUAACUGCCUGGAAGAGAAAGAACUGUGAACAAAAUGAUGUCAAGAGACAAAUUAGAACAUUAUUCUUUUCAUCACUUUUUUUUAGUUGUGCUUUUGAUUUUUCAAGACAGAUAUAACCUUUGUUUUUAAAAAAAAAAAGAGUGGAAGCAAACUUAGCUUACAGAGCAGGGAUAGUUUUGGUGAGCAAGUGCUCAGAAUUUUUUUUCAGUGAAAAUUAUAGCUGUCAUCUUUGAUUUUUACAGCCGCAGAAGGCUGGGGAGAGAAAGAAAUUUGUACCAAGUGGUUGAGCAAUGCCCAAAAGGAAGGUGGUGGGCCAAUAGAAAUUACCUCUCCCCAUCCCCUCCCCCCACCAUCCGCUUAAACUCGUAAUCAAACAUGACUGGUCAAUUAAACAAUCAUGAGAAAUUGCCCUAGUAAAAUUCUUUAUUUAAUUUUUGUGCAUCACUUGUGUGAUGCACAAAUCAUCAAGGAAAAGUUGGCUCUUUUUGACAGAAAAGAUAAUGUUUGGUAAAGUUGUUGCAUAUUUUUGCCCAGAAUACCAACUUUAAUAUUU